GGUAACUGGUUUUAGGCACAGAGAGAACAUUCAUUUCCAAACCUAUAAUUCUAUUAAAUUUGAGCGAAAGCUAAAUUUUUAUUUAAAAAAAAAUGUUUGGUGGAGUUUUUUCUGCACUUUCACUAGCGAUAUUAAUUCUUGUAUUAGUUGUCGAGUGUUGGAAGGUGUAUUUAAAUAAAACAAAACUAAAAAACUUUUAUCACGUUAAAGGAUGGCCAGUGAUCGGUACAGCAUUUAAUCUUAUUGGAAAAAACAAUGAACAAAUUUUCGAAUCGUUUAAAACAAAUGAAUUAUCCUAUACGUGGGUUGGCCCCAUGCGAUUAUUUCAUGUUGAUCGACCGGAGGAUUUUCAAGCGAUUUUAACAUCAAACAAAUGUUUGAAAAAAGCAUUUCCGUACGAUUUUUUAAACAAUCGCACCGGUUUAUUAACGGCACAUCCAAGUAUUUGGAAAGAUCAUCGUCGUACAUUGAAUGUAACGCUUGGUUCAAAAAUGGUUCACAGUUUCAUGCCAAUUUUUAACGAAAAAUUCAACAAAAUGUGUAAUUUAUUGGAGCGAAAAUUAAAUAGCAAUAUUGACAUACAUUGUGCUUUCUUCAAUGUAUCAAUGGAUUUGGUUCUAUCUACAUCGUUUGGUCUAAAUUGGUCCAAAUUGUCAAUGCAAAAUGGCCGUGGCGAUGAAAUUCACAAUUUAAUCAUCGAAAUUAUGGAAGACGUUCAGAAUCGUAUUCAAAAGUGUUGGCAAUGGAAUCCCAUCUAUAAAUUUACGCAAAAUUAUGAAACGGAUGUGGAAAAAUUUCGUAAAUUUUAUCAAUUCAGUCGAAGCACAUUGGAAAUUAAGCGAAUGGAUUUGGCUGAAAAGUUGGAACAUGGUGAAAAUGAAUUGGACGAGGCAAAAGAGAAAAAUUGUCAAAAUUUUCUACAAAAGUGUUUACAAUUGGAAUUUGAACAAAAAUGGACCAUGGAAGAAGUUUAUGAAGAAAUGGAUACGAUGCUUAUUGCAAGCGUUGAUACGUCGGCAACAGUGUUGUCUGGGACAAUAAUAAUGCUGGCAAUACACCAAGAAUAUCAAGAGCGCGUUGUUGACGAAAUGCGAGAAAUAUUUGAAAGUGUUGAUGAACCGGUCACAAAUGACCAUCUGAAACGAAUGAGUUUUUCGGAAUUGGUUAUAAAAGAAGCGUUGAGAUACUUUCCCAUUGCCCCGUUUAUAGGACGAGAAUGUACCGCUGAUUUUCCAAUUAAUGGUGGCAUCAUACCGAAAGGUUCACAAGUUUUCUUGGACGUACUUCGAAUGAACAAAAAUCCAAAAUACUAUGGUGAAAAUGUCAAUGAAUUUUAUCCCGAGAGAUUUUUACCCGAAAAUUGUGCAAAUUGGCAUCCGUAUUUAUCGGUGCCAUUUUCAGCCGGACCGCGCAACUGCAUUGGAAAUCGUUAUGCGUGGACGAUGAUGAAAAUAGCUUUAUCACACAUCCUAAGACGUUUCAAAUUAACUACUGAUCUUCGAAUGCAAGAUGUAGUUAUAAAACCAUAUCUUCUUUUGAAAAUUGGCAAUAAAAAUGCCAUUCGUAUUGAACGACGUGAAUGGAAACGAGAAAGCCAAAUUAUAUAAAUGAUUGAUGUACAAGAACUUUUCAAUUUAAUAAAGGAAAAUAAAUUUAUUA